CCUUAUCAUUACGAAAAGGAAUACUCAAACCAUCCUAAACAUGCAUCAGGUAGAAGUUCAUUUCAGUUUGUCCUUUUAAAUAACACUAUGUUAUGUGCAUCGAAAACGUUUUAACAAAAAGUAAUUUCCAGUCGACGAAUCAAAUCAACUAAUGCAUUCAAAAGAUCCGACUCAAAUGAAUCAUUCGCUUAAGAAUCAGACAUCGCUAACUUCCGGUCAGCUGACACUACGUCGUCGGUGUUUGCAAACAAAACUACUGUGUGUUCAUGCCUGCUCCGUCCACUGACAGACAGCUCUCUCCACAGCGGUCAUGGGGGAAAACGACGAAAGCGAGAUAAUCGAGCAUCACGACGACGAGGAGAUGGAGAAGAGACGGCCGCUGCGGACUCACGCGCAGUCGUUUCUGGAGAGCGUGGCGUCGUCGGUGAAGGAGGGACACAGCAGCACUCAGUCCUCACACCGCCUGCUCGCCUACAGUGAUGCGCUCAUCUCCAUCAUUGCCACUGUCAUGAUUUUGCCCGUUGCACAUACUAAAAUUCAGGAAGAUGAGGAACUGAAACAGAGUAUUCAGGCUUUGCUCACCACUAAGAUUGCCGUCUACUUGAUGACAUUUUUGAUAGUCACUGUUGCCUGGGCUGCUCAUAUCCGGUUGUUUCAAGUCAUCGAGCGCAUCGAUGACACUCUUGCACUGCUUAACUUGGCAUGUAUGAUGCUUAUAACCUUUCUCCCAUACACAUUCUCUCUGAUGGCCACAUUUCCGAACAAUAUUCUUGGGAUCUUGCUGUUCUGUGCUUGUGUGAUGGUGAUUGGUUUAAUCCAGGCCUUGAUUGUCUUGUAUGGAUUCAGCCAUCCUUUCCUCCUCAACGACCAGAUCCAGAUGUCUGACAAUCAGGCCUAUUACAAGCAGCACAUCCUCAAAGUCAUCAUGAGGGUCCCUAUCAUGUGCCUCUUUUCCAGCAUCUUUUCAUUCAUCUUCUUCCAGCUGUCCUACGUCCUUUUGGCUAUUGUCAUAUUCAUGCCCUACAUCUCUCAGUGUUUAAAAUGGAUCCGGAGUAAAGCCAUUGGUGGUCAGACGGACGACAGUCCCGAUUCAAUGCCCUUCUACACUUACCACCCCAGUGAGCCGCUGAGUAAAGAGCGAGUAGAGGCGUUCAGUGAUGGAGUGUACGCUAUCGUAGCCACGCUGCUCAUCUUAGACAUUUGUGAAGGCAAUGUGCCUGAUCCGUCAGUGGUGAAGAAGAAGUUUGACAACAGCCUCAUCGCUGCUCUUCAAGAGUACGGUCCUGAGUAUCUGGCCUACUUUGGCUCCUUCGUCACCGUGGGGCUGCUUUGGUUUGUUCAUCACUCUCUCUUCCUCCACGUGACCAAGGCCACUCGUCUCAUGGGCCUCUUCAACACGUUCUCCCUGGCCUUUGUAGGUGGCCUGCCUCUCGCCUACCAGCUCACACACGAGUCUCCCAGAGGCUCCCGAAACGAGCUGGAGGCCGUGCAGAUCAGCUGCGUCAUCAUUUUUUUCGCCAGUCUCUUCCAGUUAGCAAUAUGGGUGACGGCACUUUUUACGGAGCGCGAGACGUUGCACCCGUACGUGCGAUACGGAGGUCGAGAGCACGCCUUUAUGCUGGCCAAGCUAUCGCUGUAUCCCUGUGUAGCACUCGGGACCUUCUUCAUCACCUGCAUCCUGAGCCGCUUCAGCGCGCCGAUCUUUCACAUGAUGGAAAUCUGCAUACCGUUUGCUUUUCUUUUACUGAGGCUGCUGGUGCGUGUGGCGCUGGCGCUGCUCAGAUGGCUCUUCUGCUCUGCCAGGAACGAUUUAGAACGUAUUCCAGUUGAAGAAGAGGAAUCACGGUUGCCCAUUAAUGAUAUUGUGACUUAGCAGUGAAUGGAGAAGAAGAAAACACCUCAACGUUUAAUCUAAGAUCAAGGUCAAGCUAGCUUUCUAGCGCAGUUAUUUAUGAUUAAUGCUGCAACUGACAGCUUCUUGCUGUAUAAACCAUCCAUAUCAGUCAAAUCUCUCUGUGGAUGUCUUUGACUGAAUGAUGUCCCAAUUCAGAGGCUGCACACUUUUAAGGAUGCUGACUUAUAAAGGAUUAACCAAAGACUAGAUUUAUCGAGAUGGUUCAGUUUUAUUACUUUGAAAGGGAGAAACUGAAAUGUGCAGUAUGGUGAAAAAAAAUCCCACCUUCAGAGUAACACAGCCAAUCACCAGCUGCUAAAUCUGUCACUUCAGCUGCUGUUAGAAGCUCUGAAACACGCACUUAAAUGUUCACGCAAAAAAAUGUAGUUUUCUCGACAUUUACACAUAUUCGAGUGGUUCUAAACUUAGAAAAAAAAUCCAUAGUAGGAAUAUAAAAAUGUAAAAGUAAAUACUGAGGAUGUUACCAGCUGUUUCAGUCCAAAAACAUGAAUUAAAUUUCCAUGCGUAUACUGGAACAUCGCUUAGACGUUUUGUGAAUAUUGCAGUGUUUCCAUCCUUUGAGUCAAAGAAAACUAAAAUCAUUACCUCAUGAUAAACAGAGGCCAAAUAUAUAUAUAUAUAUAUAUAUAUAUAUACAUAUACAUAUAUACACACACACACUUACAGUUGAAGUCAGAAUUAUUAGCCCGCCGUUGAUUUAUUUUUCUUUUUUAAAUAUUUCCCAAAUGAUGUUUAACAGAGCAAGCACAUUUUCACAGUAUGUCUGAUAAUAUUUGUUCUUCUGGAGAAAGUCUUAUUUGUUUUAUUGAGGCUAUAAAAAAAGUUUAACAUUUUUUUAAAAACAUUAAGGUCAAUAUUAUUAGCACCUUUAAGCUAUAUUUGUUGGAUAGUCUACAAAACAAACCAUUGUUAUACAAUAACUUGCCUAAUUACCCUAACCUGCCUAAUUAACCUAGUUAAGCCUUUAAAUGUCACUUUAAGCUGUAUAGAAGUGUCUUGAAAAAUAUCUAGUCAAAUAUUAUUUACUGUCAUCAUGGCAAAGAUAAAAUAAAUCAGUUAUUAGAAAUGAGUUAUAAGUUUAAGAUUAGAGAGAAGUUAUAAGUUAAAACUGUUAUGUUUAUGAAUGUAUUGGAAUAAGUCUGAAACAGGAAUGGGGGGGGUGUGGGAAGAAUAAAUAAACUGGAGGGUUAAUAAUUCAGGAGGGGGGCUAAUAAUUAUGACUUCAACUGUAUGUAUGUAUGUAUGUAUGUGUGUGUGUGUGUGUGUGUAUAUAUAUAUAUAUACAGUAUAUGUAUGUGUUUGUGUGUGCAUAUAUAUAUAUAUAUAUAUAUAUAUAUAUAUGUAUGUAUGUAUGUAUGUAUGUGUUUAUGUGUGUAUGUAUGUAUAUGUAUAUAUAUAUUUAUAUAAUAUGCACAUCUUGGCAUUUCCAUCAGGCAUUUUUUGUGCGAUAAUCCAAAAUGCACAUAAAAUAGCUGAAUGGAAACAGCUAAUGCUACAGAAGAAAUAAACUGAAACAGGUUUGGAACAAGUAAAAGACGAAUAAAUGACGAGAGAACUGACAUUUUUGGGUGAACUACUCUUUUAAGACACCCUUUUGUACAUGCAAAUUUGCUGGACCAACCAGAAAUGUAUGCUUUAAGAGGCAGUUCAUGUGAGCUUAUA